AUGGUGAACAUCCCGAAGACGCGGAAUACUUAUUGCCGCGCGUGCAAGAAGCACACACCUCACAAGGUGUCGCAGUACAAGACUGGCAAGGCUUCUUUGACAGCCCAGGGCAAGCGACGAUACGACAAGAAGCAGGCUGGCUUUGGGGGGCAAACGAAGCCAAUCUUUCACAAGAAGGCAAAGACCACCAAGAAGAUCGUGCUGAAGUUUGAGUGCACAAAGUGCAAGAAGAAGCGCAUGAAGCCCAUCAAGCGUACCAAGCACUUCGAGCUUGGAACCGACUCGAAGAAAGGUAAGAAUGAGUACGGCGGCAAGUACCGAUGA